ACUUAUGUGACUAUUGACGGAUACUUCAUUACAUUCGUGGGCCCAGUGCAUGAAAAAAAGCCCUCUGCCUGCAACGACAAGCCCAUUCAAUUAGUUCCAAAAUGUUCGCGCAUCUUUUCGCCCUCCUAUACCUCGUCUUUACUAUACCCUACCAGCUUUCGCAUACUUGACCCCAGCGAUUAAGCGCCAAACAUCCAUCAAUUACCUCAGAAUCGAAGACUUCUGUGUCAACGCCCUCUACAUAAUCUGCCCGGGUAACGGAUACUGCUGUCCAAAAAGGGGCGAUGGCCUGGACAGCCAAUGCGCGCCUGGCGACCCAACUCGUUGCGUAUUGCGAGCGCAAGGAUAUAUAGAGAUUGUUUCGGCUAUGGACUUUAAGGGUCAUAUCAAGUUAGUCGCGGCAUUGGUCCGUGGAAUUAAUGCGGCGGUUUCGAGUGAGGCGGGAAGGAUUACAGGCGCGAAGACGAGUACAAGGACAACUGCAAGCACAACAGCCCAAGCCUCGAGUAUUGCCGCAGGAGCGAGCAUUGCGACAAGCGUGAGCGUAGGGGCGGACAGUGCUUCGGAGACGACGCCGACUGCGCGACUUGGGACGUCAUCGGCGGCGGCUUCUGCGCAGGCUACCUCGAGCUCAAUCGGCGCAGCUAGUCUGCUAACUCGAAAUAAGGAUAUCCUCGUUGGAGGUGUAGCUGCCGUCAUGUUUCUGCUUUAAGUCGGAUCUUCAAUGGUGAUUAGCAAGUACAUGGUUCUUAUGAUGCAUCCUAGGAUCCGUCGUCAAUUCAUUGAGAAGGCGACAUUAGGGUGAAGCGUUAGUAGAGCGGAUGAUGACUGUUACGAAUGGACGCCAUCGUGUC